AUGGGCGACAUUACGCAGGAGCUCGAAGAGCUUUUUGCAGGAUCAGCACCCGAUGGCCUCGCUCAAGAUGUCCUUACUGAACUACAAUCUAUGCUACGACUGCAUGGCAUCACGCCGCAAGAGCUGUUCUACAAAUGGGAGUCGUAUAGCAUGAAGAUGGGAGCAGAUGACACAAAAUUGGAUCUGGAUACAGUUCGCGCAUUCAAGCGAGAUGUGCAAGAUUCCUUGGAACGAGAAACUCGAGGAAAAAAUCAUCAUGUUCGAGGCGCCGAGAAAAAGUCUGGUGUGACCGCGACCCCUCGCGCUGGGAAGGCUGAUGUGUUCGGAAUGUUGGAUGAUCUGACGCCUGGAACUCCUCAAUCUCGUAUCAAUGGAUCGGCCAAACGAAAAUCAAACUUUGAGACUCCGUCAGGACCCAAGGUAGGCCGAACGGAUGCAGGAACACCUACCGGUAUAAAGACACCUUCGACAAAUAUACAGAGCGUCGCUUUCGCCGAACGACAAAACCCCGGCCAACUCCUAGAAACACUCAAUGCGCAUUUGGAUAUGCCCAAAACGCCCAUGGUACCAUUCCCUGAGCCUCGAAUUCGACCAACAGCAAACACCGAUCUCAAAAAGUUCGCAUACAAGCCUAUGUCAAUGCGCUUGAAUGAAGCGUCGGAGAUUCUGGACGAUAGACUGGACGAAUUCACAGAUUUAUUCGAAAAGCAAUAUCCCGACGUUAAUUUUGGAAGCGCAGCAACACAGAGCACAAGUGAAAUAGUGGCUGUUGGACGGAUCGCAUCAGACAGUCUCGAAGGCAAGCUUAAUGUGGCAUCCCUUGUGUUGGAGACAUCUAGGCGGACGGGAGCCGGUCUUCGAGUACCACUAAAGGUCGAUGCUUUACCAUCGGUACAAUUCUUCCCUGGCCAGGUUGUCGCUCUUCGUGGGAUUAACGCUUCUGGAGAGUACUUCUCUGUCAAAGAGGUCCUAUCAUUGCCGUUACUUCCCACGGCAGCAUCUUCCCCUGAUACAUUAGACGCCAUCAACGAAAAACUAGGGGGUGUCGAUGUUGACCAGCCGUUAAACAUUUUCUAUGCUGCCGGCCCAUACACUGCUGACGACAAUCUUGACUUUGAACCUCUUCAAGAACUCUGCAAAAAAGCUGCAGAAGAAUAUGCAGACGCUUUACUACUAUUAGGUCCCUUUAUAGACUUGGAGCAUCCUCUCAUCGCAACAGGCGACUUUGAUCUCCCAGAUAUCCCGGGACUGGACCCGGAAACCGCUACAUUAACAACGCUAUUCCGACACUGUAUUUCAAAACCGCUUCAUCAGCUAUGUGCGGCUGUUCCCAGUAUCACAAUCAUGCUGAUGCCAUCCGUACGUGAUUCUGUUAGCAAGCAUGUCUCCUGGCCACAGGAACAAUUACCGAAAAAGGAGCUGGGUCUUCCCAAACAGGCCCGUGUUGUGUCGAACCCAGUGACAUUGUCCCUCAACGAAAGCGUCAUUGGUAUGUGCUCGCAUGACGUGCUGUACGAUUUGCGAAAGGAGGAAGUCCUCGGCGGACGACCAGCGGAAGCGAAUCUGUUGACACGAUUACCGAAAUACAUCAUUGAACAACGACACUUUGCGCCCAUGUUCCCUCCUUCUUCGCGGGAUUCGUUACCCAAGUCUGGGGGCCUGGACAGUAUGCUUCCUAUAGGCGGGAUGAUGGACGUCAGCUAUCUGAAAUUGGGAGAUUGGUGGAACGUCCGUCCAGAUAUCUUGAUCACGCCCAGUCUGCUGCCGCCUUUUGUCAAGGUCGUUGAAAGUGUCCUCGUCAUCAAUCCAGGAACCCUAUCCAAGCGUCGAGCUGCCGGUACUUAUGCCAAUAUGGCAUUGUACCCGCGAACCAUAUCCGAUGAAGAACGACAAGAGAAACAGCUUAGUCAUAAGGUAUUUGAGAGGGCUCGAGUUGAUAUUGUGCGCAUAUAGUAUUUUGUUUCGUUGUGCUGGUGUGUGGCAUGGCGUUUGGAUAGGAGUAAGCAGGCUGCAUGGAAUAGCUGUUAAAAUAAAUGAUGAUUAUGCGUUGUGC